AUAAGAGAGAGAAAGCAAGAGGACAAUAAUGGAAUGAAGUUGAAUAACCAGCUAAACUAUUGAUGCCCCAAGUGCCUUUUCACUAGUUCUUUUGGUGUGUAGUGAAUUUUAUUUAAUUUAUAUUGACAGAUUUUAAAAUUAUAUGCAGAAAAUGUCGUCAAGUGGAUGGGAACUUGUAACUAAAAAUAAAAAAGAUAAAAAUUCUGGUAAAAGUAACAAACUUACUAAAGUUGAAAAGAAAAAAUUUAUUGAAAAUGCACCGAAAGUUGAGGAUUUUCUUCCAUUAAGUCAAGUUCAAACUUUGUAUGACAAUUUUAAUGGCAAUAAGGAGAACAAAAUGCCGAAAGAUAAAGACAAUAAGACUAAAGAAAAUGAAGAGAAAAAAAAACAACAGAAAUUAAAUGUACAAGCUGAUGGUAAAAAAAAAUUACAGCAACAAAAACCCAAGGAAAAAAGUAAACCAGUUGAAAAAAGUGCUAUUACUGUGGACCAAAUUAAUGAAUUAAUAGAAACAAAUCGUGUUAAAUUUCCUGACGCACCACUAAUCUGGUUAAAAGAUUUGGUGUCCUAUUUGAAUGCCAAUAUUUCAGAAAAAGAAGAAAUAACACCUGCGACAAAACCUGAUACUUACCCACUAAGUUUAGUAACAAAAGCAGUGCGUACUUCAUUUGAAAAAGUCAUUAAAUCAGCAGGUAUUCAAACAGCACAACUUUUUUAUGAGAACACCUUACUAUUAAUGGCAAAAAAUAUGGCAUUUGGAUCAUCGGAUAUUGGUUGUAAAAUAUUUAUUCAAUUAUUGGGGAGUAUGUACCCCGAUAUGACCUGUAGCAAUAUUGAAAAAUUAACAAGUCUUCGUAAUUCAUAUCAAAAUAAAAAGUCUAUUGGUCUAGCAAUACUGUGGGCACUGUCACAGGGCGGUAAAAAAAAUUUAACUGUCGGUUUAACUCUGUGGCAUGAAGUCAUGGCUUCGAUGUUGGAAUCGAGAAAUUACGCUUAUCAUGUUACUAAAAUAUUGAAAGAAUUAUUUAAUAUACAUAGUAAAAAUAUAAGUAAUAAUUUAACUGCUGAUAUGUAUUUGAAUAUUGUCGAUGAUUUCUGUUCUGGUAAAAUAAAUAUUCAUGCAUCGCUAAGUAAAGAAAUUAGUAAUUGUUUACAAUUAUUAAGGGAUACCAUAAUUCAUACUGAUAAGAUAGACGUUAAAUCAUUAUUCGAACAUACAAUAGAUAGAAUAAAUACUAAAACAAAUCCUCUUCACAAGGAAGAGUUAUUAAGGAUACUUGCACUUUGCAUAGCUAAAGACAAUCGCAGUUUAUUAUUAUGGAAUAAAAUUCAUUUGAAACGUCUCUACCAAUCAGAAUUGCUCAUCAAGCAGCUCACGGACGAUUGGGAAUCAAUUCGUUCCAACGUGGAUGCUAAAUUGCUUAAGGAAACUCUUGGCGUCUUCCAAAUACUCGAAGUCAAGCCGAAAAAAAAUAAAGAAGACUUACUAAUGUUAGCCUGUCAAAAAAAAUCCGAGGAUUUAAUUAAAAAAAUGUCAGCAAGUGCUAAAAAAAGUCGAUCAUUCCCAUGGAAAAAAGGUUCAUUUAUUCUUCUGAUGCUUAUUGGAGCAGUUGUGGCAUUUGACUGCAGAAAACAUGGAUCCUUUGAAGCAUCGACUACUGGGAGACUUAUGAGAACAACUGGUGUUAUUGGUUAUGGACAGAACGCGUGGUCAACGACAAAAAGUUACUCCAAUCAAGGCUUAGCUUAUUUGGAAGCCAGUUUUCCGGAUUACUACAAGACAGCUUCGAUUUACGGGCAACAGUAUGCUAAGUUAGCUGGUGAUUUUUGCGUUGUCGGUAGAAACCUUGCUUUUAAAUUAUAUAACAAUACUGUGGAGUUUGUUGAUAAAAAGAAGCCUAUUGUGGUUGACAGCAUUGAACAGUAUUUCCCUGGUUGGCUUGACACCAUUCAAAAGUUUGGAGCUAAACAAUUUGAAUUAACGAAAAAAUAUUCCGCUGACGCAUCUGAUUUUAUUGUCAAACAAUCAACGACUUUUAUCAGAUGGCUUGAGACUAGUGUUUUUGUAGGUAAAAUGAGCCCAGAAAAUAUUCGCGGAUACGCGACAGAAGCUGUCAAAUCAACUCAAGCAUUCGCAAGUCAAACAUAUGAUUGGGUAUACGAGAAAGUCCAAACGCUAUCAAAAGUCCAGUAAAAAAAAUAGAAGAAUUAUAAAAUUUUACGGUGUUUUUUUUUAAGGACUACUGUAAAGAAUCGACGGUGUCAAACAUUUUCGUCGACUAACAAAAUUAAAUAAGUAAAAAAAAAAAUCAAUUAAAUUCCCUCGUAAUAUUCCAGCAUUUAUUAAAUAUAAAAAUAAAUAAUUUAGAAUACCGGUACAAGGAGGCUGCAUAGUUUCGAGAGAUCGCGACCGCCAUUCUACCUGUGAUAUUUCGAAAAAAAAGAAACUUUUGUAUAAAUUAUCUCGCGUAUUAUUUCAUAAAUUUUUCUUUUGCUACUCCCUUAUAUUACGACAAAUUAAUAUUAAAUAUAUAUGAUAAAAAAAUGAUAAUAAAAACGGGUCUGACUUUAUUUUGAUAAUGAAAUAAAAAUUAUGUUUUAUUUUUUAUUUUACUGAACUUGAGUCAGCAAAUUUUUUUUUUUUUUGUUGAUUGUAAAAAAGGGUGAGUGUGAAAGAUUUAAAAUCGUAAUAGCGAGAAGUGUGCAAGGAGAUUUACAAACUCCAAAGCAGCCCUGAAACCAUAGUAUUUUGUAUAUUUAUAGAUGUGUAUUUUUUCUUUGGUGUCAAUUUGUUCGAGUGCGAUAAAUUUAAUGAGUUUUUUUUGGUAGCAAUAGACUGUAGAGUAAUAAAAUAAUGUAUGAAUGUAGCAGAUAUCAGACAAAUUUCAAAUUAUUAAUAAAUAGACUAAAUAAUUAAUAAAAUAAAAUUUAAAAAAAAAUGCGCAUUUAAAAAAUUAAAAAAUUAAUAAGUGCAUUUUUUAUAAAUAUUUUUUUUAAAAUUAUUUACUCUAUUUAUUUAUAAUUUUUUGUCUGAUGUCCGCUACAUUUACACUCAUAAAAUAAUAACAAUAAUAAUUAUUGAUGAUGAAUGAUGUGGGUAGACAUUUUGAAAAAAAAAAUCAUGUUUAAAUUGAACUACAUAAAAUGUACAAACAAUUAAAGUAGAUAAAUUAAAUUAAAAGAAAAUGUUAUCGCAGUAAAUAAGAGAAUAAUAAUUAUUGAUAAAUACAUUUGUCAUUACAAUAUAAAUAUAAAUAUAUGUAUAUUAUAAUGGCGACAUAAUUAAUGAUUAUAUUAAAUCUUAACAAGAAUAUAUUAAUAUUAAUUUUUACUUUAAAU